GUCAAGGUCCCUUUGUGACGAGUAACAACUUGAGACGAAGAUGGUAAACUCAGCAACCAAAAACCGGUUUUCGAAGUGCGUCAAGGUGAGAUACGAGCAUCAAGAAACACAUAAAGAUAUCGCAAAACAUUUCCGGUGUACCAAGGCAUCGAUUUGAUUUCUUUACAAUUCUCUAUCCUCGCUGCAAAUCUCCCACACACAACAACACCACGACGGUACCGUUCAUCUAUUUCCCUGCCAAACAAACAGUCCCUCUUGCCACUGUCCUACUACGAGUAUACCACCACCAUGUCAGACGACGCAGGAUACUUUAAAAAGACAUCAGAGGCCGUUGCGAAUGCCGGUGCAUCCGUCGCUGGUGCUGUUUCAGGCAGUCUCAGCCUUGGAGCCAAUGCCAGUCACAAGAAAACGACAACUACGAAGACGAGAGUCCCCGUCGACGCCUCAGCCCAGCAGCCUCAAAUCAUGAACGGAGCAGGGCAACCACCGCAGGGACGCAUCACUACUGGAGGUGUCGGUGAGCAAAAGAGGCUGACCAAGAACGAAGCCGAUGCCUUGUAUACCGAGAGGAUGGAGGACGAAUAUGCAAAGCGUGAGGGAGGAGCCUGAGCUUUUCUCGGGCGCAUUGUAUACUAGAGACAAAAAGGGCGAAGUAGGAAUAUUUGGUAGGACAAAUAAUGAGGAGUCGAGGACUGAUUACUAUGCAUUCCAACUUGCUGCAGUGUGAUUGUGUCGUAUUGCGUGCUACUCCAGUCCUCGACAUCCAAGGACGACCACCUUGAAGCACACGAACCCAUGUUUAUAUUCAGACUUGAAGAGAAUGUCCAAGCGCCAAUCUCUCCUAAUAGAAACACUUGUACUCGCA